UGAUUACUAUUGGCGGUCCACUUACCUGUUACGUCCACUAAGGGCCAGCAGCCUCUAGUUGACACAUAUAUGAUAUGAGAGUAGCUGGGUGGCCUGCUACCAAGCGCCUCCUUCAACGCACACCAAUACCAUGCCCAGUGAUCCUAAAUCUCACCGCUUUUCCUCCUGGCUCAAGGAGCCACGGCACCCUUCUGAGCUUCCUGAUGAUGGGUCGCAGGUCUCAACUCCCCCUGCCUCCAACAAUCAAAUCAUCGAGCCUACCACCGCACAUGACAGAACGAACGACAAAGACCAUGGCAGCCCUGAAGGACUGCAUUAUGGCGCCCUUACUACUACAACACCCACUGUUCUACUUCCUGGCAGCGCCUUACAGGAUAAUACCACGGAGCAACAGACAUCUUUUCGAGACAAGCUACUUCGGCCAUUCCGAAGAAGUCCCCGUCCCUGUCCCAGUCCCGCUCCCAGUCGUCGCAACCAAUCAAGCACAUUCCAAUCCAAAUGUCCUAUGCCGACUGCUCCCGUCCAGACAUCCACAAACGACUCACUGUCUCCCACCAAGAUGAAUACCGAAUUCCCACGAGCAAUGGGUAACUCGCUUGCCACUGGUAACGAUGACCCGAGCGUCCACACGCAACAAGAACCUGAAUCGUCAGUCCCAGCUAUUUCAUCAGUGCCAGCGGAAUCUGUGCCUCGUAGAUCCGAUGGCGAUCUGAAGAAAAUGAUGAUCGGCACCACCAAACUACUUCUCGAAGCCACGGCCAUUGGUCUCAAGUCCGCCCCCAUUGCUAAUCUUGAUCAGAUCCCAAACACACUUCUGAGAUGGAUUCAAAUCUAUGAGGUUUGUUAAAUCAUCUUGAUGACCAUGAUCGUGAUCGCCUCUCACUGCACCUGUUGCAUGCAAAUAGAAUGUCAGUGGCAACAUAGAGGGACUCGAUCAGUUGGAUGCUGUAAUCCGGAAAACACAAGGCUCCGUGCUUGAGCCUCUCCGGAAUUGGAUUGGAGAGGUUCCUCCUGAGCUUAAGACCUUAGUACAGGAAAUCUGCGUGUACGCACCUUGUUUUCUCACGUUCACAUUCACUCAUUCUCUUCAUAGGGCCCUGCAAGAACAAGUAGAAGGCAUUGAAUCGGUCCGAAGAAAAAAACGCUGGAAAAAGAUCCUCCAAGUGCCCAACAUCACACAACAACUAACCGAUAUGAGGAACUGUCUAAACGAUGCUAUUCAUCGAUUCGAGGU